AACACCGAUAUAAAAGCAAAGCCCUAACCCUGUACUUCUCCUUUCCUGGAAAAGUCGCAGCAGUUGCGGUUGCAAAGAGUGUAAUCAGCUAUGGGUAAGGUUCACGGAUCUCUGGCUCGUGCCGGUAAGGUGAGAGGACAAACGCCGAAGGUGGCGAAGCAGGACAAGAAGAAGAAGCCCAGGGGAAGGGCUCACAAGAGGAUGCAGUACAACAGGCGUUUCGUCACCACUGUUGUUGGAUUUGGGAAGAAGAGAGGUCCUAACUCAUCGGAGAAGUGAUCACGCCGUGUUUGAAGUUCUUACAAGUAGGAGAAUGUUCUUCAAUUUUGAGUGAAAUGAGGCCUUCAGCCAUAUAUUUUGUUAUUGGAUACUGGUUAUUUCAUUAGCUUGUGAUGUUCUG